CACUCCGCGACGGUGUUCAGUCGAGCUCGGGCCUUCGUUGGGUGCGGAGUGUGUGUCGUUCCGUCUAGUGUCAGUGUUCAGAUUACUCACAGAAAAUCAAGGCCUCGUAGCAUGUCUUGACGAGUAGGAGGGGCUCUUCAACGGGGUUUUCGGCAGACAAGGGUUCUCCAAAAUGGCGGGCGGUCAGCAGCUUCCCGAACAGUACACGGUACCGCUGCUCGCUAAGGUCUUCCACAGCCUGCCGCACCUCAACGUCUCUCUCCACUCGGUCAACAACACCUUCAAUCCACAUUCCGAAAUCUACCUAGAGAGCCUCGGGAUACUUGGCAGUAUCCCCGCAGCCUGGCUAAUCCUGACGUUGCUGGUGUUGCUGGUAUACUUGGUAACGAGAUGCUGCGACCGGAAGCCGCGCCCCAGGAGGUCGAUAACCCUGCUGAAGUUUUCGCUGGCCAUCCUGGCGUUGCUCUGCAGCGGUGCCGUUGCCGUCGGCCUCUAUGGAAACGACGAUGUUCACAAUGGCUUGGUGCAGCUGGUCGCCGCCGCCAAGAACGUCGACGGGAUCCUCAUGGGUGUGCGCAACCAGACCGACACCAUAGAGACGACGCUGAAGAAGAUUCAAACGGAGCUGAUCGCGCUGGGAGACGAAUUCGACGUCCCAGCGAGCAACAGGACGAUGCUGAAUCUGCUGUUGAUCGCCCUGGAAAACAUGAAGCAGAACACGAGCAUCGCCGUGAAUCGGAGCUACGAGAUCCGAAAACCGUUGAGCGGGAUCAGUCUCGCCGGGGCGAUCGGGAUGGGCGAGAAGAUCGAGCAGUUCAGGUGGCCCAUCACCAUGACCGUCCUCAGCGCUCUCCUCGUUCUCUGCGUGGUGCUGGUCGUCGGUGUCGCCAGACAUUCCAGAUGCAUUCUCAUAACAUUCUCUGUGUUCGGUCUAUUCGCGGUGAUAGUUUCAUGGCUGAUGGCCUCGCUGUACCUGGCAACAUCGGUGGCGUUGGGCGACUUGUGCGUAUCUCCUGACGGCUACCUGACCAGGGCUGUACCCUCCACACUGGCCUCGGAAGUGCUGUCUUAUUACACGCACUGUGAUAACACGCGCAGCAAUCCGUUCACCCAGAGACUGCAGGACGGCCAGCGCACGGUCAAGGAUAUGGUUCAGAACCUAAACCAGAUCACAAAUCUGGCGUUGCAGCUGUUCAAGGACCAGAAAGUGCAACCGAAGCUCGUCAGCCUGGAGACCCACGUGAACACCGUCGACAGACUGAUCUCUGGCCUAGCUACGUUGCUCGACUGCAAACCGCUGCACAAGCAAUACGUUCAUGCCGCCAAGAGCCUGUGCCAUUUGGGGCUGUACGGAUUGACCUUCAUGCUGCUGGCAAGCCUAGCAGCAGGCCUCUUCUUCACCGUGUUGGUUUGGGUGGACUCUCACACCUGGAUCUACAUACGGAAACGAAGAGAUUACCACCAAGUGGACGAGCAGGACCCGUACCUACCACCAUCGGCAGCCUCGCAGGCGAUAGCAGCGCGGACCCUUCGAGGCCAAGGGUCGUACCCGCCUACAGCCCCUUCUCUUUAUCCGAAUGCUCAUGGCACUCAAAAUAUCAUUAAGCAGCCUCUCUUGCUAACGCCGCCCCCGCCGUCCUACGCUACUGCGACUGCUCGAGCACGUCAGCUGCACGAGAGCAUGUUAAAAGGUGGGGGUGUUAACGGGAGCGGAGGAGGCGGGGAUCACAAAUCGUCUCAGCAUAAUCAGCAGUCGGCAGGUGGACGAGCUGAGCACCGUUCUGGACUCGGAGAUCAACCUGGCCAGUACGCGACUCUGAGCAAACAGUGCAAAACGCUAGAGUCUAGUAGAGAACCACCUUGGACCCCGAGCGUGGCGUCUUUCACCGGAACCCUGUCUCACAAUUCGCAUGGACCCGCGCACCUGGCCACGUUCCAGGACUCCCGAAAGACGCAGACGCUGGACCCGAAGAAUCUAGCGAACUUGAAGAGAGGUCCGACCCCGGCCUGGAACCAGAAUCGUCCCCUGCCCCCAAAUCCGAGCAACCAGCCGACAUGGGAAUUCGAGUCGCGCUCCCAGACAAACAUGAAUCAGUUUCGGUCGUUGGUGCGCAACAAAGCUCCGAACAUCCGCAUCCAGGACCAGAUGCAGGACCAGGUCCGGACGUUGGACAGGAAUUUCACCAGGAAUCAGUUCAAUGGUGCCGCGCAAGGCAGCGCAGUCCCGAACAUGUACGGAACGUACAAUCGGGCACAGUCCAGGCAAGAUAACAAGCCGACAGUGGCCACGCUGAGCCAAGUACAGGGCAGCGACCCUAACUUGUACGCUGUCACGGAACUGUAAUCAGGCCACCUAACCGUGUAAACUGCCGCGCUGUAAUUAGGGUCCAUGAAGCUUCCGUUCUUAGUCCUUCGGACUAGCCUGUCUACUUUGAAAUUACAAGAUGCGAAAACUUUAAUUAAAACAAAUUUUUCUUUCAUACUUCUCGAAUUAUGUGAAAUAUUUUUAGUUUAAAGAGAGUCGUUUCAACGUCCAAUUAGAAAUUUUAGUUUUCAAGAUCGAGGAAUUAUUAUUUUACUUUUGGAACAGUUGAAUAUUUUGCUCGUGAGAUAAUGUGUUCGUACAAGUUUCAAGGAUUUCAUGGACCCACGCCAACGAUAUCAUCACAUUCGAAAAAAAGUUCAUCGAAAGCCGUGUUUCACACCUUUUUUACGAUUUUCGUGCGUAUUUUUAAUAUGCAUUUCGGUUUUUUAUAAGAUAUACCCGAAAAAAAGCUCAAUUAUCGUUUGGUAAAACUUUUUGAUAUGGUGGGAUUUAUAUACGUUUAAACGUAAGUUUACGAAAUUUCGGGGUUUUAUACGAUUCAGGGAGAUGGACAAGGUGAUUUACGCGCCUCCGCGAUUUUCUUGGAGAAAUCUUGGGGAGGAUCCAAAGGCGUGCGUCGACACGUCUCAACUUUUAUAGAAAGAUUGCGCACCGUUGGGAGCUGUUCCCAACUGUUUUUCCCAAUCAAAAUGGAGGAAUCCGGUUGCUUUUUGGCAACGUUCUCGAAUUUCAUCGGGUACGGUAAUGAGAGGCGACAGAAACGAGGUCUGCGGGUGAUGUGAGAGGAAAAAUGGGGGCGAAAGAUGCUUUUGGAGAGCUUGUCGAGGCGAAGGAUUUUGCGUUUGUAAAAAUUCGCGUGAAGUCGCCGAGAAUGAGCAGGAGUUCAUUAGCUAUUGAUAACCGAAACACGUUUAGAUUAAUGAUAUUGUAUGGAAAUUUUCUGUGGAAAUAUUGAGAGUAAAUAGAACGAACCUUCUUCUUGUCAUCGUUCACAGGAAUGUGCGAAGAAAAGAGAAACAGAAUGAGAAAGAAAGUUAGAGUGAGAAUACUACGCGUGAUAUCUCGAAGAAGAGGGUCUUGUAUAUCCGAGAUUUUGUACUUGUAUAUCGUGUACAGUGAUUAUAUCAUUUUAUGUUAGCCUGUAUUCUGUAAAUGAUCGUUGCUUCUCGACUAAGAGGCACGCGAACGAUGAAACAAACGGAAGGCUGGAUUAAUUAGAGAAGAAUCGUCGUCGUUGUAUUUAUUGCUUGUUAGUUUCUCAGUUUUCAAGACUAUGAACACGAGAGAGGAUGCACAAGGUCUAGCGUCUAGAUUGCCUAUCGAGUGUGUAGCUCGCCAUGUUUGAACGUAUUCCGGUGGGAGAUCUCCUGUUAGCUAAUUAUAGUCGAAGUUAUCGAACGACGAGCUCGUUUUAAGUAAACAAUUUCUAGCGCUUUAGGUUGAUGCCAUCGAGUUCUGCGUCUUUGCAAAGUAUCAGCUUCGUAGCUCGCAUAGUUUUCGACAGAUUAAACAUUAAAGUCGCGAGGCGAGGCUUUAAUGGCGCCUAAUGGGCUGAAAUGGCGGACCACCAUUUUCUCACCCCAGGGAGAUCUCAAACUUAGCGAGAUAUACACGGAAACAGUUUUAACCCUUUAUGAGCCGUUCUUAAAGGAUGUUGAUAGUUUCCCAGCAUUCUUUCUAGAAUUAUCAUUAAGUGAUUCUACUUCUGUCGGCCUACUACUGUCCCUUUGAUUAGUUUUCUAAGGUUGUUAAUACUUGUACUUUUUCAUACAAACUCCAUUCCUAUACGUAUAGUCGAUUUGCGUUCAUUUUGAUAUCGAGUGAUAUUGUUGUACCGCUCUGUAGGGGGUUGAAUUUUUAAUCGAUAUAUUUACACGAGAACACGAAACCACAGAUAACGCGAUACGUAAUUACCACAGACCAGGAACGAGUUAAAUUUUCUACGAACGUUAAUUAAAGAAAAUGCGAAGGUUCGGUUUUCUGAAAUGAAACAUUGCCUAAUUUUGUAAUUAAGAUUUUUUAGUUUCCGUUUCAGUUGUUACACGAAAGGUUUCAUGGAUCAUUUCAACAGCUUGUAAUGCAAUUUUUAUAACGGAGAAACGAUUUUACUCGUUCCUGCCACGAAAACGAUUUUUAUAUACUUUUUUACACUUUUACCAAGUGAAGGAAUCGCGCAAACGAGAUUUUCAUUAAUUUGUCUGUGCAAAACGUUUGAGUACAUAUACACUUUACAUGUCUCUGCGAGGAAUAUACUUGAUAUAUAUGUAUAUAUACAUAUAUCUUAUGCAUAUAUAUUAUAUAUGUAUACAUAUGUAUAUUAUACAUACUAUACAUAUAAGAAGUUACCGCACGAAAACACAGAACGAGUGAUAUAUAUAUAAAUAGAUGUAUAUUUAUCAGCGUUAAUAUUUAAAUUUAGAGACGUCGAGCGUCCGAGGAAUUUUUACAAAAAGAAAAUGAAAAAGUACUCUCCGACCCAUGUAACGAUGACAAAACAAUAAUUCUUUACAACCGUUUCGCGGAUCGAAGGAUCCGAAGGAUCGUGGAUUCUAGGAAAAAUUUCAGCGAUCUUCGUCGACACUCAGACAGGCAUACGUUUUAAGUACAAAACACGGUGAAAGUGCAGGGGUCACGUUCUCAUCAUUUCACUUGUAAAUGACCGGAAAUGUUCUACGAUCGUCUGGUCUAAUCGAUGACUAUCCAGCUAAGCAUUUUAUAGAACGUUUUUCUUUUCUUCGGAGAACACGUUGAUAGAAUUUAGUUCUCCUCGAUGAGCAAAGUCAGUGAGAAUUCAAGUUCUUGCUAACAUUUUGCCCGACGACAACUUAAUAUUUUUUAACCAAUUUUUCAAUAUUGUUAGCAAAACGAAUGGCCUCUGUGACUGUGCUUCGUUUAAAAGAAGCUUAGCCAUUUAUUAAGAAAUUUUUAAUAAACUAUUUUUUUGUUCGCGAAGGCUGGUUGAACAACUGUUGAGCAAAGUGUUAAAAUUGGAACAUGAAAGAGCAUUUAAAGUGAAAGAGGACGAACGUGUGAAUUGUAUUUUGCAUUUUUUUCCCCUGAAACUAUGCUAUUCUCACCGACGUGGAGGUUCCCUUAAAGCCUAGGAUGUCGUGCCCAAAAGUAAAUGGAUAUAGGAGUCCAAGAUUGAAUUAUUUGCGGAGCGCAAAGUCUUCCUGUACGACCUGUCAAAGGCCCCAACGAUCAUUCAAUGAAGAUACCAUUUGCAACGAAAGCAGCGGACGGCUUUAUAUUCCGCAUCCUAUUCAUCGAGUGUGUAAAUAGAGAGAACGAAAGAGAAUGAGAAGAAAGAGUGCAUGGACAGAAGCAUGUUAAUAAACUAGAACAAAUGUGCGAGAGUGAUUAUAUAUCAAACUUUGAAUUUAAAUGUUAAAAACUUCAUUGAGAUACGAGUAUUGUUCUCCUCUACCGUUUCGUUUUCACGGUUUCUUCGCCUGACACGUUCGAGAAAGAAGAAGAGAAAGGUAGAUACGUUCGUAUCCUUUCGCGCCGAUAGGAUCACGAUCAUGAUGAUGAUAACGUGUUUGACCUGUUAACCGGGUGGUUUCAUAAAUUUUAACUACCACUGGAACACGGUCGAAGACGAACCAGCAACCGGAAACGAUCCAACCUGCAAUAAUAAGCUCGAUGAAACGCUGUUAUCAAUGUUAUCACGUCUAGCAAAAAAUCUUUGAUCGAAAAUCAAGCGCCUAAUAAUGAAAGAAUUUCGUCAACGUUAUCGAUGUCUUUUUAAAUGGGAAUAUGUAUUUUUGUCAUCGCCGCGUAAAUAGUGACCAAUCUAACGACCUACAAUAUCAUAUGACCUUCGCGCGAUCUUGAGUCGAAGAAGACAAGUUAAGGAAUAAACAGGCUUGUCUUUCGCUAUCUCUAUCAUCGUCUUAGUCAUGUGUCUGGAAUGUUUUAUAAUUUCUGUGUCGAUCAUUUUCUGCUAGGAGUGGUACAGUACGAUAGAACGAAGAGAAAUCUUUAUCUAAAUAAAUAAGAGAUGAGAAACAUUACUGUGAAACGAAGGACGAACCAGCUCGUCGUCCCCGGUUGAUAGGUUCAGUCCUUCUGUACGUAACUCGUCGACUUUCUCUCGAGGAGAAACGAAACAACUCUCUUCGACCGUAGGCGUGAACGUUUUGAUCCCGUUGUACAUAGUUGUAAUAUUUAUUAUAAAAGAAACAAGAAAUAAUAAGUGCGGUCAUAGCGCAUAUAAUAGAAUAGCGAAAACACACUUAGUUCUAGCCGUUAAUCGAAUUAAUUGUAAUUCGUAAGGGUUCGAUUGUCGCGGAGGAGGGGUGCGAGAGGAGGGGGGGAGGGACGAAGAGUUCGAACGUCAUCACUUUUCAACUGAUCGAAAGAGGAGGAUACAUCCUAGUCAGUAACUAACAAAGCUUUUUCCGUUUUUCUUUUCUUUUCCUUUUUUUUUCUUUUUUUGUAUACGUUCGACUUUGUCCAAGCGUAAUUUACGAAUGAACACGGGGAUCUCUUGCCAAAUUUCGUUUCGACGCGGCUCAAAUUUGUUCUCUUUUGUAUGUCUCGUUUCUUAAUAUAGAGGGAUGAAAAUUCACCGUCUUUCUCCGAUAAUUGUACUGCAACUCUAUUGCUAAUUAUCAGCGGUAUAAAUUAAAGACAGAGAGGAGUGUAAGGA